AUGCCGGUUGAUAUUCUUGGGUUUGCUUACGCCGCAACAGUGGCCGCCGGUGGUAUCAUGGGAUACGCGAAAGCAGGUUCAGUACCUUCGCUAGCGGCUGGACUUACGUUCGGCGCACUGCUUGGUUACGGUGCGAUGCUGUCCUCGAAUGAACCGCCACGACCCCUGCUGCAGAUCGGUACGGCACUGGUACUGGCCGGUAUGAUGGGUUCGCGAUGGGCUCGUUCGGGCAAGUUCAUGCCACCCGGUCUGAUUUGCGUGAUCUCUUGUGCAAUGCUUGCCCGCGGUCUUAUCUAUCACAACCGUUAUCUACCGAUGAUUGGUGCAAAGCAUGAGUAG